UGCAUUCCCCUAAACACAUCCCCACCCAGUUUUGGUAGCGAAAGCUUCUUCGACCAUUCGAUUUUUUUUUUUUUUUUUUAUUUUUUUUUUCGUCAAUUGUAAGAAAAUGAGUUCACAACACAAGCCAACUACAAACACGGCUUCUCCCAACCAUUCUCUCUCGUUCGAUCACAUCUCCAAUUACUUCUCUCUGCCUCUCAACGACGCCGCUUCCAACCUUGGUGUCUGUACAAGUGUACUGAAGAAAAUUUGUCGCGACAAUGGUCUCGAUAGGUGGCCUUAUAGGAAGAUUUUUGCAGUUAUAGACAUAAGCGUUCUGAAGAAAGCUGUAGACCAACUAGUCUUGAGUUAUUUUCUGUCUGGAAAGAGCAUUGAAGAAAUUAAAAGGAAUGCGGCUAGAGAAAGAUACAAAGAACUUGCUGAAAUGUCAAAGAUUGGUAGAGAAAGUGGCUCACAACAACCAAACAGCGACAUGACUAAAUUACAAGGUGCCACACUUCCUCAUAAUUUGCAACAGCAAGGAGCCAAGAAUAUCCAAAAUGUGCGGCCCCAGAAUUUGCUUGGCAUCAGCUUGCCAAAAGGAAUUACAAUCUUGGAUGAAUUUAAAUAUGGAUACCCAUCAGAUGGCUUAUCAACUGCCUCAAACAAAUGGUGGGGAAGUAGCAGCCCUGUUGGUUGUGAGGGCAUAUUUGGAGAUGGAGCUGAGACCAAUGAAAAUGAGAAACAUCAAUCUGAGGAAAUGGUAGCUGAUAGUUCCGAUAUAGUAACAGUGGACAAAGAGAACCAUGAAGGUGGGAAAGAAGGUUGCAAAAUUGCUUCCCAAGGGAUGGGUUUAUUGACAACUGUGAGAAAAAGAACUAUGGAAGAAGGACGAGAAGCACUUAAGCUUGGUGUUUUUCGAGGCUGUGGUAUAAACAAGGUAGGAAAGAGAGAGAGAACUUUGCUUCUACGAAUAUUCAAGUCUUCGUUGCCAAAGCGGUGGAUAAAUGGCUCCUCUUAAAUCAUGUGUUGACUGCUCAAUCUUAAAGUCAAGUCAUGAGCUAUGAAUUGCAAAGAACCUUGAGAAGAUCCAUGGAUGUAUGUGUUCUUGCAUAUGGAAGAUUUGAAGAUACUUCUCUUCCAUUAGGUUACAGUAUAUUUUGUGCUCAUCUACCGACAAUGGUGCUAUUGUUGCUAAUGUAUUUAUUUCAAGCAUGAAAAUGGUACUUUUUGUCUCCAUCUGUACUUGUAUUUGGAAGGGAUUAUCCUGUUAGAUGCAAAAGUGGAUUGGUUAAUUUCUUGUAUGAACUGACUAACUGGUUUUUGAUUAUGGUUUACCCAAAUUUUGUGUUUGUGUCAA